ACCAGCAAGUGUAACAGAGAUCUUUAACGGAGUGUACGCUGUGCCGGAAAACGUUCUCUGUGUCGCGUAAACAAAACGUUUGAGAAGAAGUUCGUGUUUCCUCCGAGUCGCUCCCAAGACUUUCUCCUCGUUUGGACGCUUGUUUGACCAGUGAGGAAUACCUUUGUGCAACAAUGGUUCUGCUGGUUUCCCAUGUGUCAGGAUCUCGAAGAACAUGGUGCUUGGAGAACAAAUGUAUGACACGAGCUGAUAUUUUUGAAGCUCUUCAGGGAAGAGAGGGGCAGAUUCAAGAUGUCGUCCUGCAAUCCAAAGGACAAAUCCUCUCCUCAUCCUCAGUAAUAUUGGAGGAUGAAACUGUCACAGCAACACUAAGGCUUCCCGGUGGCAAGGGAGGUUUUGGUUCUAUGCUGAGGGCGAUAGGUGCUCAGAUUGAGAAGACAACCAACCGCGAGGCAUGUCGGGAUCUCAGUGGUCGGCGCUUGAGAGAUAUAAAUGAGGAAAAGAGAUUAAAGGAAUUCAUCAGCAAGAAAUCAGAAAGAGAACGAGAGAUGCAGGAACGUAAACGCCAAAAAUUUGAAAAAUUGAAAGAAACUCCAAAGCACAUUUUCCAGGAUGAGUCCUAUUACCAGCAGAGAGAAGUUCGGGAAAAAAAUUUAUAUGAUUCAUUAGACAAAGCUUUUUCUAAGGAAACAGGAAGCACCUCAGGUUCCCAGAAAAGAAGUUCCCCAGAAGAAGCAAAGCCAGUUGUCAAACCUAAGAAAGGCAGAUUUUUAGAUGACUUGGAUGACUCAAGUGAAGAUGACAGCGAUAGUGAUGAGGAAGAAGCAAAGAGCAGCAUAGGAAACUCAUCAGAUGAGAAGGAGGAUGACAAGGCUUCAGGACUGGAGAGUGGAAAGGAAGAGGAGCCAGACAGUGCAGCCAAGGAGACAGUAGCAGGCUCUGGGGCCAAGGGAGAAAGUGAUGCUGGAUAUUCAUCUAAUAAAGAAAGUGAUGAGGAUACGUCCUCUAGGGGAUAAUUUGUGUUUCUUUCCCUUUCAUUUUUUUUUCUUUCUGAAUUGUAAAAAUAUGUCAUUGUAUGUUCACGUCCACGUUCAUCUAUGUAUUUGCAUGGGAAAGUUAUUCCUUUCUGAUCCCUUUUCAUCCUUUUAAUUUUAUGUACUCUCUUUCUCAUUUCCAUGACAUCACUUAAUGCAGAAAUUGUAUUCACAAGAUGCAUAGGCAAAAAUGUACAAUGAUUAGUCGUCAUUGUACAUAUUUGUCCUCUUUGCCAUCUGUUGGAGGUUAACACACCUUGUGUUAGUAUGAGUUCACUAAAAUACUUUUUUAGUACUCACUUCUUUGAUAUCCAGUGAGCCUCAGCUAAUAAUAGCCAGUGAAGAUUAGAGAACAUGGAGUAUGAAAGUACAUUAGUUCCAAGGGGAGUUUUUAUUUGACACUGAGUAAUUUUACUCAUAGCUCUUCAUAAAUGUAUCUUUGCUGUUUGUAGCAUUCUGAUGUUAAAAAAAAGUCUUUAUGCAAAAUAUUUAGAUUUUUCAAGCAAUUACAUAUGAUGACUGUACACAAUGAUGUAUCCCAUCCUAUCAAACAAAAUCUUGUUUUUUCUUUUUCUUUUCUUUUUUUUUUCUUUCUUUUUCUUUUUUUUUCUUCUUCUCCCCCCCCCAAUAUGACAUUGAUUUUGAAAUGUAUACAGGAAGAUAUUUAGUAAAAACCAAUUGUACUUUGUUUGAGUUAUGUAUUAUAUAUAUCUGUAUGCUAUUGUAGCUCCUUUAUUGUAGGGUAUACCAUGUACUGCUUGGAAUAAUAUUGUAAUGGUUAAGUGUGCUGUUAAAGAAGAAAGUAUACUUUUAGGGAAAAUUUUGCAAUAAAAAGAUGAACAUUUAAA